CUUUAAAAGUCCUGGUUUGGUUGGAGCUAUGUGUAUAGUUAGUUUGUCUGUCUCAGUGGUUAAGGUUGUGGUAAAGAAUGGGUUUGAUUAAAUUUACUAUUUUGGUGUUUCUUUAUCACCAGUUGUUAUGGCGAGACAAUCUGUUGAAUGGACACAGUAACUUGGUUGGUGCAUCUAAUUCUGUACCCCUGGGAAAUGAUGGGUCCGGUUCUAAUGCCACCCGGACUCAGGAUGAUGGGCCUGGUACUAAUGGCACUUCAACUCAGGAUGACGGGUCUGUUUCUGAUGCCUCCAUGACUCAGGAUGACAGGUCUUGUUCUAACACCACUUCAGCUCAGGAUGAUGGGUCCGGUUCUAAUGGCACUUCAACUCAGGAUGAUGGGUCCGGUUCUAACACCACUUCAACUCAGGAUGAUGGGUCCGGUUCUAAUGCCACCACGACUCAGGAUGAUGGGUCUGGUAAUGCCACUUCAACUCAGGAUGAUGGGCCUGGUUCUAAUGCCACCACGACUCAGGAUGACGGGUCCGGUUCUAAUGCCACCACGACUCAGGAUGAUGGGCCUGGUUCUGGUUCUAACGCCACUUCAGCUCAGGAUGAUGGGUCCGGUUCUAAUGGCACUUCGACUCAGGAUGACGGGUCCGGUUCUAAUGCCACCACGACUCAGGAUGAUGGGCCUGGUUCUGGUUCUAACGCCACUUCAACUCAGGAUGAUGGGUCCGGUUCUAAUGCCACUGCGACUCAGGAUGAUGGGUCCGGGUCUGGUUCUAAUGCCUCAACUCAGGAUGAUGGGUCCGGUUCUAAUGCCACCACGACUCAGGAUGAUGGGUCCGGUUCUGGUUCUAACGCCACUUCAACUCAGGAUGAUGGGUCCGGUUCUAAUGCCACCACGACUCAGGAUGAUGGUCCGGUUCUAAUGCCACCACGACUCAGGAUGAUGGGUCCGGUUCUGGUUCUAACACCACUUCAACUCAGGAUGAUGGGUCCGGUUCUAAUGGCACUUCAACUCAGGAUGACGGGUCCGGUUCUAAUGGCACUUCAACUCAGGAUGAUGGGUCCGGUUCUAAUGCCACCACGACUCAGGAUGAUGGGUCUGGUUCUAAUGCCACCACGACUCAGGAUGAUGGGUCCGGUUCUAAUGCCACCACGACUCAGGAUGAUGGGUCCGGUUCUAACACCACUUCAACUCAGGAUGACGGGUCCGGUUCUAAUGGCACUUCAACUCAGGAUGAUGGGUCCGGUUCUAAUGCCACCUCAACUCAGGAUGAUGGGUCCGGUUCUAAUGCCACCACGACUCAGGAUGAUGGGUCCGGUUCUAAUGCCACCACGACUCAGGAUGAUGGGUCCGGUUCUAAUGCCACCACGACUCAGGAUGAUGGGUCCGGUUCUAACACCACUUCAACUCAGGAUGACGGGUCCGGUUCUAAUGCCACCACAACUCAGGAUGAUGGGUCCGGUUCUAAUGCCACCACGACUCAGGAUGAUGGGUCCGGUUCUAACACCACUUCAACUCAGGAUGAUGGGUCCGGUUCUAAUGCCACCACGACUCAGGAUGACGGGUCUGGUUCUGGUUCUAAUGCCACUUCAACUCAGGAUGAUGGGUCCGGUUCUAAUGCCACCACAACUCAGGAUGAUGGGUCCGGUUCUAAUGCCACUUCGACUCAGGAUGAUGGGUCUGGUUCUAAUGCCACCACGACUCAGGAUGACGGGUCCGGUUCUGGUUCUAACGCCACUUCAACUCAGGAUGAUGGGUACGGUUCUAAUGCCACCACGACUCAGGAUGAUGGGUCCGGUUCUGGUUCUAACGCCACUUCAACUCAGGAUGAUGGGUCCGGUUCUAAUGCCACCACGACUCAGGAUGAUGGGUGUGGUUCUAACGCCACCACGACUCAGGAUGAUGGGUGUGGUUCUGUGAACACCUGAUUGUUUCGGGCACUGUUUAAUUAUGUGCUGUCAUGUUUAACCAAAUAAAGAAUUUUUUUUUUUUAA